AUGGGAUUGGGAGCUCCAAGGACCAAGCAGCGGUUUGGGUUGGACCCCAGAAAUACAAACUGGUCGAAUGAUUUGUCGCGGUUUGGACACAGGCAUCUGCAGAAGUACGGCUGGAAACCUGGCCAGGGUCUUGGGCUGACCAACAAUGCGACUACCUCGCAUAUCAAGGUGGUAAUCAAGCAGGAUAAUACUGGGCUGGGAGCCUCGCUUGCGCGCAAGUCGGCGAAAAAGGACGAGUUUGACAGUGGUGAGUGCACGGGGCUGGACGUUUUUCAGCGGCUUCUGGGUCGACUGAACGGCAAGGAGGCCGAGGUAAACGAGCAGAUGGACGAGUUGCAGCGUAACCGGAUUAUCAACGGACGAUGGGGGAUCAACUUUGUGCGGGGGGACGUGCUGAAGAGCACGUGGGACGCGAAGGAGGGAAAAAUGCGGGAAGGAGGGAAGGACAAGGACAAGACGGACAAGAAGGACAAGAAGAAGAAGGAUAGAAAGCACAAAGACAAGAAGAAGCACAAAGACGAGAAGAAGCACAAAGACAAGGAGAAAUCGCGCAAACGGAAGAGAGACGACGCUGAGGUUACGCGCGAGUCGAUGCUUGCGCCGCGCGACCGCAGCGAGACGCCGCCGGUGCCAAGCGGCCGCAUGGCUCUUCGACAGAAGUGGAUUCAACAGAAGCGGCUUGCAGUCGUGGACAGCAAGGCGUUGCAAGAGAUCUUCAUGGUGAAAUAG